AUUAACUAAUGUCAAGGAAAAAUCCAUUUGGAUGUCCAAAACUAAAUUAAGUACUCUUAUUCUCGUUAGACACAAAUAUAAAACAGAUUAUUCUAGUAUUGAACCGAAUAAAAACAACUUACAGUUUCACAGUUCCAGAAAUUAAGCCACGUCGUACCUUCCAUCAAUUAUGUUUUUUCCUCCAUCCUUUUUACAUGCAAACUGUGGUGGAGCUUAUUGUGUUGGUGCCCAAUCACAAAUCUCUUGAAGGAUUUGUAAUAAAGGGCCAGACCAGGCACCAUCACCAAAGUUUGAUUAAAAUGGGUUGCUUCCCAUGCUGUAAGUCAGAGGCUGAAUCAUCCUCUUCAAAUGCAUCCGCCGGAAAAAUUUCCAAAGGAAGGAGAACAUUCAAAUCAUUGGCUUCAGUUAUGUCACAUAAAACAGGUAGUAGCAGGCAAAGACGGAUAGAUGCAGAGAUAAGAAAAUAUGGAUCAGCAAAAAACGAUGUCAAAGUAUUCACAUAUGCACAACUUGCUGAAGCUACAAACAACUACAAUUCUGAUUGCCUGGUUGGCGAAGGUGGAUUCGGGAAUGUCUACAAAGGAUUCUUAAAAAGUGUUGAUCAAACUGUAGCUGUGAAGGUACUGAACAGGGAAGGAGCGCAAGGAACACGAGAAUUUUUUGCAGAGAUUUUGAUGUUGAGCAUGGUGCAACACCCAAAUCUUGUGAAGCUCGUUGGUUAUUGUGCAGAAGACCAACAUAGGAUUUUGGUUUAUGAAUUCAUGUCCAAUGGGAGUUUGGAAAAUCACCUUUUAGACAUAGGUGCAGAUAAGGAGCCUAUGGAUUGGAAGAAUAGAAUGAAAAUAGCAGAGGGAGCAGCUAGAGGACUUGAAUAUUUGCAUAACGGUGCAGAUCCAGCUAUUAUAUACCGUGAUUUUAAAUCAUCUAAUAUACUAUUAGAUGAAAAUUUUAAUCCAAAGCUCUCUGAUUUUGGACUUGCUAAGAUUGGUCCAAAAGAAGGUGAGGAGCAUGUGGCAACUAGGGUGAUGGGGACUUUUGGUUAUUGUGCACCAGAGUAUGCUGCUUCGGGUCAGCUUAGCACAAAGUCAGAUAUUUAUAGUUUUGGGGUUGUGCUUUUGGAAAUAAUCACAGGUAGGAGGGUAUUUGACACUGCAAGAGGCACAGAAGAGCAAAACUUGAUUGACUGGGCACAACCUUUGUUUAAGGACAGAACGAAGUUCACUCUAAUGGCUGAUCCUUUGCUUAAAGGUCAGUUCCCUGUGAAGGGUCUGUUUCAAGCCCUUGCAGUAGCAGCAAUGUGUCUCCAAGAGGAACCUGACACACGACCUUACAUGGACGACGUUGUGACGGCUCUUGCACAUCUAGCAGUGCACAGAGUUGAAGAAAAGGACAUAGCUGGUGAAUCUGUAAUAUGUGCCGGGCAUGUUGAAUCUUUUAGAGCUAUAAGUUCAGCUGGAUCUGGGAGGACGUAGCUUCAUUGACCAGACCACAGACUAGGAUUACUGCAAAAUUGUAAAGCACACAAAAAAAAAUUGUUGUAGAAACAUUAAAGUGCUUGCUUACUUGUAAUUCUGCUGGUUUAACAUAUCCUACAGUUAAAUUUUAGGCUGUAAUUCUUCCCUUGUGGGACUGAAAUGAGGAUGCUGCCUUUAUUUCA